AUGUUCGCAGCCACUGGUCUUGUGCCGACGAUAAUCCUCCUAGGAAGCGGAUGGCUUGUUGCUGCCAUUGGUUCUUCAUCAACUUGUCAAGCCCAAAUUGCUGCAGCUACACUCAAUCCUCGACAGCUUGGCGCAAGGAACAACACGCCCACAAGAGGAGCAGGAAGUUUUUGCGAAAGCAAAAUUACAAUUCAAUCUGAUGGCAUAACCCCAGGCAUUGUAAUUAUCGACCAUGGCACGAACGUUGGAGGCCUUCCAACCUUUCAAGUCGUUUCACAUUCUGGUAAUACAUCUAUCUUUGAGAUGACUUACAGCGAGAGUCGAAAAUUGCUGGAUGACUACAUGAGCGAUGGACCUUUGACUCUGGCAGCAUCACUCGACACAUACAGAGUAAAUCGGUACAAUAUCACCCAAGAUACUGCAUUUACCAACCGUUUAAUUCAAGGAGGUCAACGAUAUCAGAAGCUUAAUCUUUCCACAGCUGGCGAACUUGUUCUUGAAAAUGUUGGCAUUAUCUCAUUGACAUCCACCACCCCAAUAGACCAGUUACCUGGAUCUUUCAAGUGUUCAGACGAUAGAUUGAAUCAAAUAUGGCAGACAGGGGCGCGAACUUUACAAUUAACAGGGAUUCCAGCAGAAACUAUACCUGACUAUUAUCUGGUCUCAGAUCAGGGGCUUUUUGCUGAAAAUCAAUCCCCACAGCCCUAUUCUAGUGACACUUCACCGUCACUGAUGCAGUAUCAGCUCGAUUUCUCAGUUAUGCCAAUGAAGGGAGGAUUUGGCUACACGGUACUCAGCGAUACGCUGGGCUCGGGCAUCUAUAUAUUCGUAAACUUGGCAAAUUCUUCAAUUUCGGCGCACCUUGGAAGCACUGAAAGAGACUCACCUGCCUUAGCUUCAGCUCCUCUGUAUCCAAACUUUGCCUUUGAUGAGUGGCACAAAGUCUCAACAUUCGUCAACAUGACGCAAAUCGAAGUUAGCAUUGAUGAUUACUCAUUAAUGAAUUUCACACAGACUUCAGCAUUUGCUGGGUCUUUUGGAUUAGGGGCAUCAUUUGGGCAAUCGGCAUAUUUCCAAAAUGUGACAUUGCAGGGUCUUCAGGGACAACUCAUAUACAAUGCUAGUCUCACACAAUCGUCUGUACUACAAGACUUCCUUUCUGGAACAAAUCCGGAGUCUGUGAGUGUUGAUGGUGCACGGCGGGAUCGUAUUUCGUACGCUGGAGAUUUAGACAUUACUGUUGGACCGAUUUUUGCGUCAAUCAAUGGUAUUGACUUUAUCAACGGAACUUUUAAUCUACUAGGGGCCUCUCAGCUACUUCCUGGCUUCUUUGUUCCGAACGUUAAGAUACAACAAGCUUCUCGCACUUCAAUAAUCCCUUUCAACCAGACCGGUCUUAUCGGCUACUCAUUCAAUCUGCUCACUGCCAUGGCGGAAUUCCAUCUCAUGACUGGCGAUGUGGAUUUCGCGAAGCGCUGGGCACCAACAAUAGUCAGAAUGCUGGAUUGGUCAGAUACGCAACUAGAUACAUCAGGCUUAUUCAGUGUAUCUACAAUGCUCGGCGGAGAUUGGGACUAUUACGAUCCCGCACAGUCUGGCGCAGUAGCAAAACUCAAUGCUUUAUAUGCAUUUUCUCUGCAGCAAGUUUUACCCUUGCUCAAUGCCGCAAAUAUCAGUACAAAAACUUAUGCAGAUCGACGCGCGGCAUUAAAAUCCGCAAUUAAUGCAAAGUUAUGGAAUCCCACGUUGAACGCGUAUCAACUUUCAGAUUCCGUUCAAGACACGCUUGCGCAGGAUGCAAACGCCUAUGCAAUCUUAGCAAAUGUACCUCAGGGCAACAUUACUCCUUCCACCAUCCUAUCGACCAUGUCAAAGGAACUAUUCUUACCUGCAGGUGCCUUAGCAUUUUCCAACGGCAGUCUUGCACGUGGCUUCAAGCAAAGUGUUAGUCCUUAUUCGUCAGGAUAUCAUUUGCGCGCCGCUUUCGCUGCCAACGAUGAGGAGAGCGUCAAACAUCUCCUGUUCACAAUUUGGGGAUCUAUGGCCAGCACAUCCAAUGCCAACUACACUGGCUGCUUCUGGGAGACUCUAACUACCACUGGGGAGCCCGGUUUAGGAGCAACUACAUCUCUAUGCCAUGCUUGGUCUUCCGCUCCAACGAGUGAACUGAGCAGAAAUGUCCUUGGAAUCCAGACCGUUACACCUGGAUUUGCGCAGUGGAAAGUUUUGCCGCAAACUCUCGGACUCAGUUGGGCCAAUGGUACACACCCCACACCUCAUGGUGAUUUGGCAGUAUCUUGGGCAGUGGGUGCAGAGGGAAAAUUCAGUAUGAAUGUCACUAGUCCCAACGGAACAAACGGAACUGUGAAUAUUCCUGUGCUUUGGAGCCGUCAAAACGCGAACGCAACAUGGAUGCUGAAUGGGAAGGUGGUGCACGGCUCGAGCUUCUCUGUUAACGGCGGCGAGGUAUUCGAGUUGACUCAAACUUAG